AUGAAUGAUGAAAAACAACCACUCCUUACGGGGCCUAGUAUUCCUAUUGAUAAUACUGAAAGUCAAGUUGUUGAAUUGGUGACUAGUCCUACAGGACAAAGCAAAGAUGAAAAGAAAACUGAAUAUAAUCCGGCGUCUGAACGUUACUUAGAACAUCCCACCUCUAAUUUUGAUACAUUAAUUCAUCUGCUGAAAGGUAACAUUGGUACAGGGAUAUUAGCUAUGCCCGAUGCUUUUAAAAAUGCGGGAUUAUUUCUGGGAGUUAUUGGUACUUUAUUUAUGGGAGCAAUAUGCACGCAUUGUAUGCAUAUAUUAGUGCUUUGUUCCCAUGAACUCUGUGUGCGAAAUCAGCGACCAGCAAUGAGUUUCGCGGAAGUGGUAGAAGACGCAUUUGCUAUGGGUCCCAUACCUUUGAGAAAAUAUGCGAAAAAUAUUAGGAACAUUGUCAAUGUGUUUCUUGUAAUAACUCAGUUGGGAUUUUGCUGUGUGUACUUUCUUUUUGUGGCAACUAACCUUCAAGAUACAAUGCACUUUUUCCGAAUAAACAUGGGUGUCCACAGCUACUUAGCCUUACUCUUUCCGCCCAUGUUAGCCUUGGGUAUGUUGAAGAACCUAAAAUACUUGACACCGGUUUCUCUCAUAGCUGCUAUAAUGACCGCUUGGGGCUUGGUGAUUACUUUCUACUAUAUAUUACAAGAUCUACCGCAUACUAGUACUGUGAGAGCAUUCGCUAGUUGGCAUCAGCUACCCCUCUAUUUCGGAACAGCUAUUUACGCAUUUGAGGGAAUCGGCGUGGUACUCCCUCUUGAGAACAAUAUGAAAACACCACAAGACUUCGGCGGUUGGACCGGAGUGCUAAAUACAGGCAUGGUUAUAGUAGCCGCAUUGUACACAGCUAUUGGAUUCUUUGGAUAUCUCAAAUAUGGAAACCACGUACUUGGCAGCAUCACGCUUAAUCUACCGAAUGAACCAUUGGCACAGAGCGUUCGAGCUAUGAUGGCGAUAGCUAUAUUCCUCUCCUACGGCCUUCAGUUCUAUGUACCCAUGAACAUCGUGUGGCCUUUCAUCAAAUCGAAGCUGACGUCAGAAAAAGCUCUAGCCUACGGAGAAGCUAUUACUCGCUUUAUAUUGAUAUCGUUAACGUUUAUCGCAGCUGCUUUGAUACCGAAUUUGAGCGGGAUUAUAUCGCUCGUUGGCGCAUUUAGCAGCUCCGCCCUGGCUCUCAUAUUCCCACCAAUCAUUGAGAUUAUAACCUUCUGGCCAGACCGACUCGGAAAAUACGACUGGAAGAUGUGGAAGGACAUCGCAAUAAUUAUCUUCGGAAUAACCGGCUUUGUAUUCGGGACCUACGCCAGUAUAGAAAACAUCCUCUCUUCUCAUACUUAA